UCAUCGCUAUCAGUUUGUGUACAUCCUUCGGCGUGUUCGGAUGUCCCUCGGUAUCGCUCCUUCUUUGGUGUAACAUCAAAGGUACUUUUUGUGAAAGAAAGUGUUUUUUUUUUCUUCUCUCCUUCAAGUGGUUUGCAUAUUUGUGCUCUAUUUUGAUGUGACGGUUGCUUCCACCACACAGUAAAGGUUACAUGUUUGUUCCGUUAAGUGAUCAAUCAGUGAACGAGUGCAUUUUUUUUUAUUUGGGAAUUAUUCUCUCGAAGGAUCGGAAACCAUAUUACGGUUGUGUGUCAGCUCAUUGUGGGCAAAUGAAGUUCUUAACGAAAAGUGAAAAACGAUGUUCACUUUUGGCGCGCUGAUGGAACCCAGUUAGCUAGUUGAAGCAUCAUUGUCUUUUCACGAAGCAAGUGAGCUACAUGUUUGAUCAUCAUUAGCGACGACGACGAUGCUCGGGCUCUCCUGACUCUGACUUCUUUUAAGAUAAACUAAUUAGCAGAAACAUAAACAAUAAGUGGCACAGAAUCGGGAAUAUACUCUAAAAAAAAAAGGGAACAAACUCGAGAGUGCGGCGGAAAGUUUUCAGUCUGUCGAGGAUUCGGUGGUGAAAAGCAGCAGGUACCUACCGAGUGGAAAAAGUUUUUCAGCCACUGCCAGGUGCAAUAAAUCCGGAACGGUCGUCGCCCAUCGAGGCUAAAGCUCCCCGGAAAAGAAGAAGUACGGACCAGCAGCACAAUGGACUACAUCAAGGAGCUGGAUAUUCGGCUGGACAAGGAAUUUUACUACGCCGGUGAAGUGCUCUCGGGGAAAGUGUUGAUGCACACCACCGAAAACUUCAAGCUUAAAUCCAUUCGGUUGCUGCUGCGAGGAAAAGCUCACGUCGAGUGGAAGGUGUUCGUGUCCGGAGAUAAGAGAACGGUGAAGGACGAUCAGCUGUACAUCGACGAGCGGGCCGUCAUCUGGGGCGAGCGAACCGGCGAAGGGCUGGACGUGACGGUGCCGGUUCUCGUACGCGGCCAGCAUCAGUUUCCGUUCCGUUUCAGCAUCCCGGAAACCAACCUUCCCUGCAGCUUCGAGUCACGUGCCUGCUAUAUUCGUUACUUCGUUAAGGUCACCAUCGAUAUCCCUUAUGCCUCACCACCGCAAGGAAUUAAGUAUUUCACCAUCAUCGGACCACAUAUCGACUGUAUGGAAGAGCAAUAUUUGAAACCGGUUUCCGGUCAGGACAAAAAAGUGCGAUGCUGCUUGUGCUGUGCCAAAGGACCUGUCACCCUCAGCUGCUCCCUGGAUCGGACGGCCUUCUGCUGCGGUGAAACUCUGAAGCUCAAAUCCAUUAUCGACAACCAGGGCGAGGAAAGCGUCAAACUGAAAGUGCGGUUAGUGCAGUUUUGCGAGUUUUUCGUCGAGCGAGGCGUUCUGGGUGUGACGAAAGAGGUCCAACAUCUGGUGCUCGAGUACAAGGGCGAAUCGGUAGCGCCGAGGGACCACCAGGACAACUGUGCCAGCCUCCGGAUACCGACGGUGCCAACGACGGUGAUGGGCGUCUGCCGGCUGGUACAAAUCUACUACACCCUCACGGCGUGUCUGGAAUUCGAAAAAUCCGGCGAUGAUUUGCACAUCAAUUUUCCCAUCACCAUCGGGACCGUUCCUUUCCGAAUACCGAACAGCAACCUGCAGCCCCAGAUCGGAUAUGAAGUGGCAGUGGACCACGUGGAAGGUGGCAUCUACAUCGGGCCCGAAUUUCUGCUCGGAGAGGUUUACGACGGAUGUAACGUGAGCGAUAACGAGCACCGGGAUCUGGCCCCUCUCUAUCGACCGACCUACCUGACGGUGGUCCGCAGUUCCGGCCAAAGAUCGGCCCAAGUGGCGGACCGCACCAACCGCAAAAAGUCCAUCUGCGACGUGGAAAUAGCGGAAAUCCAUCGUAAAUGAAAUUCGGUUGCCGCCAUCGGCUCCACCGGUUUGUCGAUGGCGGAAGCUAGUGCGAGUGGCCGAUUUCCGGGCGGUGAAAGCUAUAGGAAAACAUCACUCCAACUUGACCGCCGUCUACCAAUAGUAAGGUACUAGCCCUUCUAAUGAAAAUGGGCACCCGAUCUGGAUUAAUGAUUGUGUUAGGUUUUAAUGAUAAAGUAAAAAUGAGAGCACUAGCUAAUGAUAAGUAAUGGAAAACAUGUUAAGCGUUAAAAGCGAGUAACGUACCACCAAUCGAAAUUUAAGAAGUAUCGUACUCUGAUUGAGUAAUCUAGUUCAACCCAAAGUCAAUAGAUGUAACUCAAUUUAGUUUUGGAAACGUUAUCAGGUGUAAACGUUCAAUAAAUAUAGGCAUAUAUUCUAGAGACUUCCAAACGGUUUCGUUACAUCAACCAAGCGUUUUGAUAUCGUUAGAAACCGAUCGUGUGAACAUUUUUCCUACCAAACGUCAUUAGCAGAUGCGGUUGAUAAACUGUUAGUAGUAAAAAUACAAUUAGAUUUGUAACUUUUUAAAGGCUAUCAAAGCAAAAAACACAACAAAUAUUAACAGAGCUUUACACCACGUGCCAAUACAGGACCCUUCCUAUCAGGAUUCCAUACAUUAUUGUAUAGGUUUUAUUCUUUCUAUCAACUAUUUCAGAUGUUGUGUGUUAUCUUGAAAAAAAAACUUACUACAGAGAACAGGUAAACUAGGUUUGGAUUUUUAGAUGAAAAACUUUUGUUUUUGAUGCAGGAUGCUGACAUUCUCGACAUGAUCGAUCAUAUUGCACUUCCAACCAUAUUUUUCGACGUAGAUACGGCAACACGCGAAAAAAAUUGUUACUUUAGCGCAGAAAUCCUUAUAAAAAGACAUUUAGCGAAAUCCCACAAUCUGAUUUAGAACAACUAAGUAGGCUUGCAAAUGCUUUUGGAACACUUUUCUGAUUAAAAUUCAGUUCCUGAAAAUGUUAAAAAAAUCUAUUCUAUCCUUCUUUUAAGAAAUGAUUUAAAAAAUCCAACCAGACUCUCUACAAGCUCCUACAAAAUUACGAAAAAGAAAGUUUAAUCAUAACAAACUGAAUACUGGUUUUAGCAAAACUUGAAAUAAUCCAUCAAAUUCCUCCUUGCUGGUUUCCUCUAUUAAGGACAUCUAUUUGGAUGCACAUGUCUUAGCGUGCUUCGAAUAUUUAAGUGACAGGAAACGGAAGAGUAGGUACAUGAAUUCAGUCUAGUAGUUCCAAACAAUUUCCACUGCUGAUCAGGUCGAGACGAGGUCAGGUCAAGUUCGGAAUCCGAAAUCCAGGUUCAAGACGUUCAGCAUCAGGAUCUGAAUCCGUAAUCAGUACUAAAUCUGGGAUUGGAAUCAGAAGCCGUAAUCCGGAUCCAGAAUCAGUAAAAGACCUUGGAUCUGGAUUCCGUUUCUUGAUUAAGAUUUUUGAACAAAAUCCGGAAUCACGAUUCAAAUUCAAGAUAAAGGUCAUUACUAGGAUCCCGGAUCAGGAUUUAAGAUCAAGGAUUUGGACCCGAAAUCAGUAUCUUCAGAAUCUAAAAUCAGAACAUAUCCCGGGAUUAUGGGUAAAAAUUCAGGAUAAAGGAUCACAAGUAUCAAGAAUCCAGAAUAGAAUAUUAAAAUGAGUAUCUGAGAUAAGAACCAGCAUCAGGAUGUUGGAUAAUUUCCCUGAAUUCGGGGACAGGAUUCAAGAUCCAGGAUCAGGAUCCAAGUCCGAGAUCAAUCAUUUAGAGUCAGGGAUCAGUUUCCUAAAGCAGAGUAAAGGACAAGCGAUCAUAAAAAUAUCGGGGCCCUGGUUCCUUGUUCAGAAUUCGUAUUCAAGGAUCAAGCACUCGAAAUCCGGAAACGGUAUGAUCAAUAUUUCUGAGUCCGGGUAAGGUCAUAAUCUGAGGUAUGGAUCCAGAAUCAGAAUCCAAACCAAAUAAGGAGUUAAGAUAAAUUUCGGAAUUAGGUUUCAAGAUUCAGGAUCAAUGCCCAGUUUUCAUGUGCGGGAUCAAGUAUUCGAUAUCCGAACUCAGAACCUGAUCGGAUUCCGGGUUGAUUCAGGAUCAGGAUCAAGUAUUCAGAGUCCAAAAGCAAGUUCUAAGAGGAAAGUAUAAAAUAAGGACUAGAUUCCACGAGGUGCCAGGAUACGCAUUUAGGAUUUUUGCGAUAAAGAUUCAGUAGUGCGUUUUAGAACCGAUAGAAUUUAAAAAAUAUUAAGUAAAAUUGUUCAAGUCGGAAUGGUCACAACCACAAGGUUCAAACUAUAAGAGUCAUUUUUUUUAUUUAUUUUAAUAAAUUUCAUUUUCAAAUCAAACCUGUUUAUCUUUACUUUGUUGGUUAAUGUUUAUUAGAAAAAGGAAGGUGAAGAAAUUAUGUUAAAAAAUGGUUAUGAAGCAAUAGAAAAGUUCACGAACGUUGUAGUUGUAUUGUCAUCAUGUUUUUUCAACUGAAACUUUGUAUGUUAAAGUCUAUUAGCUGAGUAUUUCUGCACCAAUUGUCAGUGUGAGUAAACUAGAUGGUAAGAGUGAUAGAAAAAAACAAACAAAAAUUUGUUAGGAAAAUGAAGUUAACGUUUCGCCAAAGGAAUACAGAAAUCAUUGUUACCCGGUAGUUUCUAAGUGGUAAAACAAUUUUGGAUGUGAGUAAUAAAACCGUUAACCGUUUUUUCUAUUCUUAUUUCAUGGCAUUUUCGAAAGCAAUUUGAAUCCAUGGUUAUUGAAGAAAAAAUGUCUUUAUUUCGAUUUCAAUCAAUCAAUUAUAUAAAUUUAUCACAUUAUACUAUUACAUAUGAUUAUUUACAAUGACUAAAUCAAAAGAACACAAUAUUUAUUCAGGCGAUAACAUAAAAGGUACAUGAGAUGGACCAGGCUGGUCUAUAGGCGGUCGCAAACUACAGCAAAAUUGGAAAAACGAGAACUACCUAAAGUUGAUUUUUUUUUUUCGUUGGAUGAAGCUCAGUUCCGUUUCCCUCCGC